AUGAAUAACCCACAUAAGACAUCUGGGCAAGACAUCAAUGAGCAAAUUGCCAGUAGCAAAAUUCCUGGCGAUUGCCCCAGUGCUGUUAGUAAAAGCUUAGAAGUUUGUGACGAUGGAGUCCAGCACUGCAACAGCAUCAUAGGAACCUACUUCGAGAAGUGUGGGAAGGUUGCCGCCCUGGCAGGGGACUACAAAGCCGUCUGCGUCGAUGAGUUCUGCAGCAGCGGGAAGGGGCAGUCUCCCUGUGGCACCUACUCGGAACUGUCCCGCCUCUGUACCUCGGAUGGGCCCGGUGUUUUUGAAAGCUGGCGAGAGGACCCCGACGUGGUUUGUGAAAAGCCUACUUGCCCAGAAAACCUUAUCUACAAGGAAUGUGGACUCUCAAAUCCUGCCACUUGUUCUAAUGUGGCUCCUUUCCAGGACAGUGAAUGUGUGAGUGGCUGCACCUGCCCAGAAGGUUAUCUGUUGGAUGACAUUGGAGAAAAAGCAAGUUGUGUCUUGAAGGCUGACUGUCCCUGCGAAUCCAGUGGGAUAGUGUAUCAGUCAGGAGAAGUCCGAGAUGGUCCCUGUGGCUCUCAGUGCACGUGCCAGGAUGCAAAAUGGUCCUGCACUGAGGCUUCGUGUCCCGGGAGAUGUAAGGUGGAAGGAAGUUUAUUCACCACCUUUGACAAUAACAAGUACAGCCAUCCCGGCAACUGUCACUUCUUGGCCAUUCAUGAUAACGAUUGGUCUGUCAGCAUUGAGCUUCAGCCGUGUCCCAGUGGGCAGACAGGAUCGUGCUUAAACAGCGUCACACUAGCCUUGAAUUCCUCUGUUUCAGUUGACAAAUACGUAUUCAAUAAGAAUGGCACCAUCACAAAUGACAAGAUUACUAUUCAAGAUUAUUACUACUCAGAUAAAAUACAGAUUUUCAAAGCCUCUUCUUUGUACCAUCAAGUAGAAACAUACUUUCAUGUAAAAAUGCAAAUCCAGAUUGUUCCUGUGAUGCAGUUGUAUGUCUCCCUGCCACCCAACCAGUUCACAGACACAGUCGGUCUCUGUGGCUCCUACAACAACAAAGCAGAGGAUGACUUCAUGUCAAGUCAGAACAUCCUGGAGAAGACGUCGGAGGCGUUUGCCAAUUCCUGGGCGAUGAUGUCCUGUCCUGCGGGGACCUCGGCCUCGUGUGUCAGCAUAGACACAGAAACGUUUGCUGAAAAGAACUGUGGGAUUCUUCUUGAUUCAAGCGGCCCCUUUGCUGCCUGCCAUCCAAUCGUGAACCCUAAAUUCUAUCAUGAGGAGUGUAAGAAGUACACCUGCUCCUGUGAAGGCACUGAAGACUGCCUGUGUACGAUUUUGGGCAACUAUGUGAAGGCGUGUGCGGAGAAGCAGACAUACCUCGUGGGCUGGAGAACUGGACGGUGUGAACUCUCUUGUGCCAGUGGCCUAGUUUUCAAGUACAACGUGAAAGCUUGCAAUAGUUCUUGCCGAUCCUUGUCAGAGAGAGAUAGGAGCUGCGAUGUGGAAGAUGUGCCCGUUGAUGGGUGCACCUGCCCCGAUGGAAUGUACCGGAACAAUGAAGGAAGCUGUGUUCAGAAAUCACAGUGUGACUGCUACAUCAAUGAUGAGGUUAUACAGCCAGGCAAGCUCGUCCAGAUUGAUGACAACCAAUGCGUCUGCCAGGAUGGGAUUCUUCUUUGCCAGAGUCCGGUUGAUUCCAGCCUGCAGAACUGCACUGGAGGGGCAGAGUACAUAGACUGCAGUGACCCGAAAGCACAGACGAGAACCGACAGAACAUGCAGCACUCGGAACAUACCCAUGUUCUAUGAGGACUUGCCUUGCAAACGUGGGUGCUACUGUCCCGAAGGGAUGGUUCGGAAUUCGAAAGGGCAGUGCGUCUUCCCCGAUGACUGCCCUUGCUCUUUCGGAGGACGCGAAUACGACCAAGGAAGUGUCACCUCUGUUGGCUGCAAUGAAUGUACAUGCACGAAAGGGUCUUGGAACUGCACGCAGGACGAAUGUCAGACCACCUGCCACAUCUACGGGGAAGGCCACAUCAGAACUUUCGAUGGACUGAGUUACAGCUUUGAUGGCCUCUGCCAGUAUUCAUUUCUUGAGGAUUACUGUGGCGGCGAAAACGGCACGUUCCGGAUCUUAACUGAGAGCGUCCCCUGCUGUGAGGACGGCCUCACUUGCUCAAGAAAAAUCAUCGUGGCGCUGCAGGAUCAGAAUAUUGUCUUGCAAGACGGGAAGGUGACAGCGCUCCGAACAACGGACAGUCAGAGCUGUGCGCUGAGCCCAAACUCAUUCUCCGUCCACACUGUCGGCUUGUACUUGGUUCUCAAAUUUGCAAACGGAAUCAGUGUGAUUUGGGACAAGAAUACAAGAGUGUCUGUGAUACUGGACCCACGCUGGCAUGGGAAAGUGUGCGGUCUGUGCGGAAACAACAACGGAGACCUGCAGGACGACUUCACCACCAGGUACUCCUCAGUGGCCGCAGGUGCGCUGGAGUUUGGAAACAGCUGGAAGACGAGUCAGGAGUGCUCCGACACGGCGGCCCCCAGCUUCCCGUGCGACUCCAACCCCUACUGCAAGGCCUGGGCGGUGCGCAAGUGUGAGAUCCUUAGGGACAGCACCUUCCGGGACUGCCACAGCAAGGUGGACCCCAUCGCCUACUACAACGCAUGCGUGGAGGAGGCGUGCGCCUGCGACAUGGAGGGCAAGUACCAGGGCUUCUGCACCUCCGUGGCCAUGUACGCCGAGGCCUGCAGCGCAGCGGGUGCCUGUGUCUCCUGGAGGAGGCCUGACCUCUGCCCCGUCUACUGUGACUAUUACAAUGCGCCUGGGGAAUGCAGCUGGCAUUACGAGCCUUGCGGCACAGUCACUGCCAAGACGUGCAGAGAUCAGGUCAUCGGCCAGAAGUUCUCUUCACUGCUAGAAGGCUGUUACGCUAAGUGCCCGGAAAGCGCACCCUAUCUGGAUGAGAACACCAUGAAGUGCGUCCCUUUGUCUGGGUGCAGCUGCUUCUACAAUGAUGUCAUACCAGCAGGGGGAGUGGUCCAGGACGACUGUGGAAGAACAUGCUACUGUCUCGCCGGCAAGCUGGAGUGUACUGAAACGACUACGAAUUCAACAUCUACAGCUUCUGCAACACCAACUGCCUCCAUAUUAAGCACUGAAACAGGCACAACCCUGAGUCCUUUCUCGGAACUCUCUACACCAGACGUUACUCAGACCUCAGUUCCCAUCCCAACAGCUGGAAGUGCAGGCGUCACAGGGGGGCUGAGCCCCGCCUUCUCCAGCCCUGCGGUCACAUCAGAAAGCCCCAGUCCACCCACCCCGAGUGGUGAGGACGGCAGCACAUCUCAGGGAGCAGGCACCACAGCGCCCAGCUCAGGGACAUCAGGCACAGCGGGAGCGUCUGUGGGAGCCACCUCGGCGGCAGGCUGGGAGAGCUCGCCUGAAUCAGCGGGGACUCCGGCCACCAGCAUUGCAACACCAGCGGGAACAAGUACAGGAGCAGGUACAGCCACCACGGGUACUGCCGCUGAAGACACACCUGCAGGGACAGUUUCCCCGACCGUGGGAGUUUCUGGAGGAGCCAGCGUCAGCACUUCAGGCGCCUCAGCUGCAACAGCCACGACCUCUGGUGGCAUCAGUUCGGGGAGCACUGCACCAGCUCCAAGCACAACUCCAGCUCCAAGCAGUGACCUGACAUCUCCAUCUGCAGCCUCAGCAGGAACAGCUGGAGUGUCCUCAGGUGCAUCAACACAAGCAGGCAGUCGCAGUACCAGUGGUGCAAGGUUCAGAUCAGCAGGAGAAGGUGGUCCCACUGCACCCACACCGAGGGAGGAGGACAGCAGCACGCCCAGAGAAACAGGCCCCCCGGCUACCAGCCCAGGAACCUCAGGUUCAACGGGAGGAUCUACAGGAGCCAGCACGGGAGCAGGCAGCAGGAGCACAGCUGGAAUCCCAGUUACUGGGGCCGCCAGCCCUGAAAACCCCGCAGGCGCAUCUGUGACCUCACUAGGAACAACCGCUGGAGCUGGAGCGGAAAGCCCCUCGGGGGAAGCCGGACCGGGAACAAGCCCUGGGACGUCAGGUAGGUCUGGGGAGGAUAUGGCUGCACAGCUCCCAGCACGCCUUCCAGAGCAGGCUGUGAUGGGGGCUACAGCGAGCCACGGCUGAGGCCGGAGCCAGAGCAAGGGCAGACUCGGGGAAUGCGUGCAGCAGACCCUGCGUCUGCGGAAUGUCAGUGCUGCGUGCCACAGCAGAGAAGUGCCCAGGAUGUUUGCCGUGAGACUGAGCGCUGUGUCCAGCACCACGAGCUCUGUGAGUCGACACAACCGCACAGCCCCAGUCACGCCAGGGCAACCUGGAGCAGAUCAGCGAAGUCGGGCCUCAGGGCUUCCCAGGGGCAGUGUGGGGUGUUAGUGUGGCACUGCUGCUUAGAAUCCACAUCACGGAUUAAGCUGUGAAAUGCUGACAA